CUUGAAGAAGCCCUUCAUUUCUAGACAUCCUCAAGGAGAGCUCGUUGGCACGGGUUGCUCGAGAUGGACACGGAUGCCCUCUAACGUCAAGCUCUUAGCCGAAACGCUUCCCCAACGCAUGCAGAGCAUACAUAUUAAUGCGGUCUUCUGUUCUCGCUGUGGUAUGGAUUACCUCGUGCAAUCAUCGUCGCUCGAGUGAAGGCUCCCUCGUCACUGUUCAUCAGAUGCGAUGGUCCACUUGAUGACAAAACCACAUUUGAGACUGUAAUGAUUCACUUCAGGAGACAUCGACAACUGUAACUUGAGAGGUGACGGGGUCCCAUUUAGACGUUACCGAAUAGCGGGGGCAUUAGGAGCAAUGGCCCGCAGCCUGAUUUUCAAGCUAGCCGUUGGUUGUGUUCUGACAUUCGUACUCGUCGAUGUCUGCUUCGACAUGAGUGGAUAUGGUGAAGGAGGUCUCAGGGCUAUGUUUCAAGGCCCUUUCGUGGUGGAUAGAAAAGUGGCUACUGCUGCUCAACGCGAAACGACCCCGACCCGGAAUCAAAGACAUGCCGUCACCGGGAUUCCAAAAGAUGUGUUGAGUGACAGUUUACGAACAAAUAUUUCUGUGCCUGAGUUGUGUCCCCUUGUAUCCCCCAAUCUGGUUGGCUACAUACCCACGAAGAUGGACGUACCGUCCUUAGACGCGGUGGAAAACGAGUUUCCUGACGUAAUGCCGGGUGGCCACUUCCGGCCAAAGGAAUGCACAUCCCGGCACAGGGUUGCUAUUCUUAUACCAUACCGAAACCGGAAAGAACACCUGAGGAUAUUUAUAUACAACAUUCAUCGGGUUCUGGCGAGGCAGCAGAUUGACUACGGUGUCUUCGUCAUCGAGCAGGGUGACACUAAGGAGUUUAACCGAGCCAAGCUGCUAAACAUUGGAUUCCUCCAAUCAACUGCACUGUACGACUAUCAAUGCUUCGUGUUCCACGAUAUCGACCUGGUGCCAGUCGAUGACCGGAACGUUUACACUUGCCCUCAGCAGCCGCGGCACAUGUCUGUCUGGAUUGACAACCGACCAGGGUUCUUUUACGUUUUGAUGUUCGGCGGAGUCAGCGCAUUGAGCAAAGAGCUAAUGCUAAGGGUCAACGGCUACUCCAAUCUCUACUGGGGCUGGGGAGGAGAGGACGACGACAUGUCAUUCAGGUUGAAACACAUCAACCAGACCAUUCUUAGGCGGCCUGCGGACAUCGCGAAGUACAAGUCUCUCAGCCAUGCGAGGAGCAAGAGGAAUGAGGCCAGACAUGGCAUCCUUGAGAAGUGGAAAGAUCGGUACAUGACAGAUGGAUUGAACAGCGUGAAGUACAAGGUCAUGAAUAUGGAGUUCAAGAAGCUUUACACGUGGAUACUGGUGGAUUUAGGAGACUAAUUAGCUCAUUUAUGCAACACUUAUUUUUGUUGUGGUGUAAUGCCGCUUGUUCUGCUCACAUAAUCAUGUUCGUUCAGGUGGUUCACUCGUAUAGUAGGAGUGAACGGUCGCUUACCGCGGUAGCUUAGCACGUAAGGUGUCGUGCUGCUAACCAACAGGGCACGAAUUCGAUUUCCAGCCAUGGCGGCCGCGUUUCGAUGGGGGCGAAGUGCAGAGAACACCCACGUCCUUAGAUUUAGGUGCAUGUUAGAGAACCCCAGGUUGUAAAAGUUAAUAUGGAGUCCCCCACCACGGAGUGCCUCAUAACUUGUCGUGGUUUUGGCACGUGAAACCCCACAG